AUGUCGAUGAAAGCGAAACACUCACUGACAGUCGGCUCGACACUGGGUCAUUUUGCGGGGAUCGUUGACUGCGAGUUGCACCGCGUUAACAUCGUCUAUUUAGUGCGGGGGUAUCACAUGGGGUACUCCUUGGCUGUGGCCACUUACCUUCUUCUUGUGGCCCUCACGUUUCUCCUUCCGACCGAGCGGCCUGUGUAUGUCGGUGUCUUGCCCUUCAUUGCACGCUGCGUCACUGUGCUCAUGGUUGCGGGGGGUCUCUUUCGCACCACCGGCGGAGUCUUUACGCGACGAAAACACCAAGAAGAAUGGUUCCUAGGCAAUGCGAAGGAUUUCCUGUAUUUUCUCUUAGAUAAUGCAUCGUUUUCCAAGCUGGGGUACACGCUGUUGGUGUUGGAGGUCAUGGCGCAGCUUGGCAACGUGCUUCGCGGGUCAGCGUGUGUUUGCGUGGUGUUGUUGCUGUGGUUAGCCUGGCUGUUGCUUAGGAUGAAGCGCGGGGUCGUGGGUGACGUAAGUUGA